GCAUUAGCGCUCGGGCGCCGGGCACUGCGCGGGGGGCUGGGACCCGAGAUGAAUACCUCGGUCCCGCGGACGAGACCGGACCGCGCGGCUCCCGCCCCGCCCCAAGUACCGCGAGAUCACGUGGCGCGGCUACCAUGGCGGCGGCGUUUGAAGCCCCGGCGGCCUUGGCUCCCGAGGAGAACGCUGCGCCCCCGGAGCAUGUGGCGGAGCCUGUGGCCGCCCCCCGCAGGCCGGCGCGGAGCCUGCGGACGGCGCACGACGUCAGCGGCCCGCGGACCCGCACGGGGGACGUGCUGCUGGCCGAGCCCGCGGACUUCGAGUCGCUGCUGCUGUCGCGGCCGGUGCUGGACGGGCUGCGGGCGGCCGGUUUCGAGCGGCCCUCGCCCGUGCAGCUCAAGGCCAUCCCGCUGGGGCGCUGCGGGCUCGACUUGAUUGUUCAGGCGAAGUCCGGCACCGGGAAAACCUGCGUCUUCUCCACCAUUGCGCUGGACUCGCUUGUCCUGGAGAACGUGAGCACCCAGAUUUUGAUCUUGGCACCUACAAGAGAAAUUGCUGUACAGAUACAUUCUGUUAUCAUGGCCAUUGGAAUAAAAAUGGAAGGCUUGGAGUGUCAUGUCUUUAUUGGAGGGACUCCUUUACCUCAAGACAAAACCAGACUUAAAAAAUGUCAUAUUGCCGUUGGAUCUCCUGGCAGAAUUAAACAACUGAUAGAACUUGACUACUUGAACCCAGGCAGUGUACGUCUCUUUAUUCUGGAUGAAGCGGAUAAGCUUUUAGAAGAAGGCAGCUUCCAGGAGCAAAUAAAUUGGAUUUAUUCUUCCUUGCCUGCCAGUAAACAGAUGGUGGCAGUAUCAGCUACUUACCCAGAAUUUUUGGCUAAUGCUUUGGCAAAGUACAUGAGAGAUCCCACUUUUGUAAGACUCAAUUCCAGUGACCCAAGUCUCCUAGGUUUGAAGCAGUAUUACAAAGUUGUCAAUUUGUACCCUUUGGCCCAUAAGAUUUUUGAAGAAAAGGCCCAGCAUUUACAGGAACUGCUCAGCAGGAUUCCGUUUAAUCAAGCCUUGGUCUUUUCUAAUUUACACAGCAGAGCACAGCACUUGGCUGACAUCCUUACUUCUAAAGGCUUUCCCGCGGAGUGCAUUUCCGGCAACAUGAAUCAGAAUCAGCGUCUCGAUGCUAUGGCUAAACUGAAGCAGUUUCAUUGCAGAGUCCUCAUCUCCACAGAUCUGACUUCCCGUGGGAUUGAUGCUGAGAAGGUGAAUCUGGUUGUAAAUCUGGACGUGCCACUGGACUGGGAGACAUACAUGCAUCGGAUUGGCAGGGCUGGCCGUUUUGGUACUUUGGGAUUGGCAGUGACCUACUGUUGCCGGGGAGAAGAAGAAAAUACGAUGAUGAAAAUUGCCCAGAAAUGUAAUAUCAACCUUCUGCCUUUACCAGAUCCCAUUCCUCCUGGUCUGAUGGAAGAAUGUUUGGAUUGGGAUGUGGAGGUUAAAGCUGCUGUGCAUACAAAUGGCUUAGCAAGUGUACCCAGCCAGCCCCUCAGAAAGCAAAUGCAGAAAAUAGAGAGAACCUCUCAAACUCAGAAAGCUCAUGGUAACCACAUGGCUUCUUGUAGAAAUACUUCCGUAUCUGCACUGUCAGUCAAAUCCAGAAACACCACCAAACAGAAGCUUCCUGCGAGAAGCCACUCGGAGUGUGGGAUCCUCGAAAAAGCAGCAUCGCCCACAGCACCGGGCCGGGCCGGGCAGUCGGAGGAGCAAGAGCAGCACCCUGCCGAGACCCCUGCAGAACGCGCCCACAGCCCGCACCAGGCCAGAGCGGGCUCCCCUGUGCCGCUCCCCCAGAUUCCUUGUCUGUCUGCCUUUAAAACCCGUCCGCCGCGCGCUUUGACUUUUGCAGAAUUGUCGGAGGACUAUGAGCACUAUAUCAAGGAGGGGCUGGAGAAGCCUGUGGAGAUCAUCAGGCACUACACGGGCCCUGGGGAUCGGGCUGGGAACCCUCACAAUGGUUUUGUGAGGAAUGGAAUUGCUGAAGAGAGGGUGCGGGUGUUGGCAAGUAGUAGUCAGUCUGGAGACUCUGAGAGCGACAGUGAUUCUUCCAGCUCAAGGACUUCGUCCCGGAGCAAAGGAAAUAAGGCACAUGUGGGAGGCUCUUCUGACAUUCAGCUGAGGGACUUGGCAUCGACCCCUGUGGCUGGCCAUACCUCUUUGGAACAACCUCUGAAUGGAAAUGACACCCCGAAUCUGGUAGAUUGUCAGGAAUCACCUGAAACCCAGACAAAGGCAAGGCAUAAAGAGGGGGCUAGCCAGAGCGCUAAGCAGAGCCGCAGGAACCCUCGGCGCUCCUCUCGGUCGCAGACAGAGUCCCAGGAAAAUGAGUGGUCUGACCGCCAGAGGGACGCCCAGGCGGGUCUUUCGGGUCCCUACCAGGACUACGAGGAGUACUGGAGAGCUUACUACAGGGCCUGGCACGAGUACUAUUCUGCUGCGUCUCAGUCCUACUACUGGAAUGCUCAGAGGCAUCCGGGGUGGAUGGCGGCCUAUCACAUGAAUACCAUUUACCUACAGGAAAUGAUGCGAGGCAGCCAGUAAUGACGGCCAUACUCAGACCACCCGAAGCAUCAAGUGAUACCUUUGAGUAGCCAUCCGCUGUGACCUAUAGUAGAGUGGCCUAUAGUGGCAUUUUUGAGGAGCUUGAAAAGUCUUAAGGCUUUCUGCUGGGAUACCUUCAUUUUUCAGUUUGUUUGACCUACUGGGUAUAUUAUCUUAUUUUAAGAAACUUAGUGGGCUGUAUUCUUGAAAUAUUUGGGGACAAAGAGCUAAAAGGUCCCAGGUGCCAUUUUCUAUAAGCCAUUCCAAAAAGAAACAUUUGAAAAGACUGCUAUACCACUGCUUAAGAAAAUAAAAAGAGUUGAGGUUUGAAAACGGCUAGUUUAUGCUGCGGAGUUCUUUACAAAAGGCUUGGGCUGCACUUCCAUAGAGGUAUGUACGUUCUUAUAGAAAUUUGUGAUAGGUCAGAAAAUCCCCUUUCUUUUAGGUUUAGGCAGGAAGGAGUAAACGUUGCUUCCAACUUUCCCAAUAGUACUUGAUUUGAUGCUCUUUGCUUCCAGUAAACUUAUUUGUGACAGUAAAAAUACAAACUUAGCCGACUUUGUUGACAUCUUGUUCAUCUGUUGACUAUCUUGUUUCUAAGAUUAUGAACGCUGCCCACUUCUUCACACUGCAUUCAGCAGCUGAGCACAUCAGGAAGAAGAGCAGCUUUUCAUCUUGGUUAGUUUUUUUAAAAAUAUAUUUUAUUGAUUUUUUAGAGAGAGGAAGGGAGAAGGAGAGGAAUGGAGAGUUAGAAACAUCGAUUCAGCCACCUCCUGCACACUCCCUACUGGGGAUGUUCCCGCAACCAAGGUACAUGCCCUUGACUGGAAUCGAACCUGGGACCCUUCAGUCUGCAGGUCGACACUCUAUCUACUGAGCCAAACCAGUCAGGGCUCAUCUUGGUUACUUUUUGGAUCUUUUUAAUGCAUCUGAUGAAAGCAAUGUCCCAGGAAAUGUCUUAUCUGUAAACCAGAACUGGAUGUGUUUCUAAUUCCAAGGGGUUCCGAGACCCUCUGAGCCCAUGAGGAGCUGAGGUUAAGAACGGCCUUAUGCUGGGGGCUAUGGGAAGGUCCUCACUCUUCGUGUGAAGUAUCUGGUGGAGGCUGGAACUCCUGUUCAAACUCUUCCCGUGUGUCCUUGUGUAUUCUAGAGCUUCCCUCAAAUUUCUACCUAAUACUGGGGUCUAAGGGAAGUCAUUUUUCUGUGGUAUACAUCUAUAAAUUAUGAUUUAGAAAAACGUAAUUGUAAGUUAUUCUUUCAUUUCUUCUCUGUGGCAGUCCUAUCAUGGACACAUUUGGCUCCCAGGCCUUUUCUGUGAGCUGUGUUUGUGGUGAGAGAAUCCCUCCUGGAUAGCGAUAUGUAUUUAUUUAGUUUUGAAAAGGAAAGCUCUCUGUGCCUGUGACUGUACUUGGCUAGGCAGCAUAAUCAGUUCCCACAGGGCUGUGAGCACACAGCCGAGGCCAUUGGCAUUUACCUUCCAGCACUCACACAGCACCGUCCCCAAGUUCUGUUUAACUUGGAUUCCUGUUGCUUGGGAUGGCCAGUGGUAGGGUUUGCUUAUAUGUAUCAGGUCUCGCCAGAUUAGAGUGAAUGAAUUAACACUAAAUAGCAAAUCCAUAAUUAGGACCAGUAUGUCAAUAGAGACUAAUUACUCAUUGAAAUAAAAGUCUGUCAUUGCUAUAUAA